AUGAUACGAAAAGAAGUCUUCGUUAUCAUUAUUUUUGUUCUAUUAUGCAUAGUAGCUCAAUCCAAGACAGGUCCAAAAAAAGAAUGUUAUUAUGGUAAAUGUUCGUAUUUUGGUACUUCUCAUCUAAUUCCGUUUUCAAAGUCGUAUCAUGACUCUCAAGCUCAAUACUGGUGUCAAAGUCCGGGCUGGAAAACGCUCAUUAGUAAUAGUUACGUUUCGCUUUAUGUUCUUAUCGGAGCGGCUCCUUAUUCGAUUAUUGAUUACCUUUUAAUUUUCGGAGGCGUAUCCCCUUGUCUGAUUAUUGGUAGUGAAACAAAUCCACCAGUGUGUGUUAGCCCUGCACCGAUCACAUCAGUGACGUUACCGUCUGGUGCAGCGUGGACUCAUUUCCACAAUAUAGAAUGCAUGACAGUGCACAUCGAAAAACCGUCUUCCUAUUACCAUAUUUAUUUCUAUCAAUCAUAUCCAUUGAUCAAUUUAUCGUCUGGUCUAUGUCGAAAAUGGAAUUGUGAAAAAGAACCAAAGUGUGUGAAUCCACUAGCUGUCAUUCCAGAAGUAUGCAAUAUUUUUAUUGAUGUUGCUCAAAAAUUAGCCAUGGGUAAAAUCGAACCAAAUGUAAUUGACAUGGCUACCGCAUCGUGCAUCAAUGAUAUGCACACGACAUUUGAUACAACAGUCGCUCUUGCAGCUCUUACCUUGGUUCUUGAUGAGAGUGCAAAAGCACUCUUUGAUGCUGCUGAUAUUAAAACAACCUUUCGAAACGUUCACACAUUAAAACAUAAUGCUAUUUCGAAUGCAACAAGACAAGCGAACGAUUUGAUCAAGAAUACGAGAAAACUUUGUAAUGAACGAAAACAAUGUCUCAAACCAAUCAAUAGCAUUAAAUACUAA